CCACCGGAUGUUCCGGAAGUUGACUUCUGAAUUUUCGAAGAGGAAAUGUGAUAAUGUAAAACGUACAAAACAAUAUUACAUAAGCUAAGAAAUACUCAAAGAAACUUACUAUAUUGUAUUGCAUAAUAAUAUAUUUAAUUUUAAAAGAUAAACCCAUAUUUCGAAGCUUAUAAUCUGUUGUAGAAGCUAAUUUUUUUUUCAAAAAGUGAUGUCAGAAGUUGACCUUUAUCGGUUAUGAUGACCGAGUGGAACCGCAAUCUCCUUUUAUGAUAUGUAAAAUCAUUAUGCAUUGGAAUAUUUAAAAGGAAAACACAUUUGACAUUUACUUGCAUUAAACUACAGUUGCUUAACUGUAGAAUUAUUCAGAUGGGUCCAAAAAAAGAUGUGCGGAUACUCCUGGUUGGUGAUGACGGUGUUGGUAAAACAUCCCUGAUUUUGUCUUUGGUGAGUGAAGAGUUUGCUGAGGAGGUUCCAGCAAAAGCAGAAGAGAUCACAAUUCCGGCUGAUGUCACCCCAGAACAUGUUCCAACACAUAUCGUGGACUCUUCAGGACAAGAGCAAAAUGAAGUGGCACUGCGGGAGGAGAUUUCCAAGGCAAGUGUGGUGUGUGUUGUAUAUGCAGUCACUGAUGAAGACACAGUUCAAAGGUUAACGACAUACUGGUUGCCAUUCAUUCGAAACACUCUUGGAGAGGACCACAGAACUCCUGUCAUACUGGUGGGAAAUAAAGUGGAUUUAGCAGAAUUUCCCACAUUGGAGAGUAUUUUACCAAUAAUGAAUGACUUUGCAGAAGUGGAAACGUGUGUAGAGUGUUCGGCUCGUACCCUGAAGAACAUCAGUGAAGUGUUUUACUAUGCUCAGAAAGCUGUCCUCCACCCUACAGCUCCGGUGUACAACCCCGAAGAAAAAGCACUCACAUUAACCUGCAAAAAGGCAUUAGCUAGAAUUUUCAAGAUAUGUGACAUGGACAACGAUGGGUUGUUAAAUGACAAAGAAAUAAACAUAUUUCAGGAAAAAUGUUUUAAUGCACCACUACACCCACAAGCCCUUGAAGAUGUGAAGGCUAUUGUAAAAAAACACACGAGUGAAGGCAUUAAAAAUAACUCUCUAUCCAUCAAAGGGUUCUUGUUUCUUCACACCCUGUUUAUUCAGAAGGGAAGACAUGAAACUACCUGGACAGUGUUGAGACACUUCGGAUAUGAUGACAACCUAAGCCUUACAAAAGAUUUCAUUGCUCCGAGGUUGCAGGUUGGGCCUGGGUGUACAACAGAAUUGACUCAUCAGGGUUACAGCUUCCUGUCAGAAUUGUUUGAGCGGUACGAUCAGGACUGCGACGGGUGUCUGUCCCCGACCGAACAGUUGAACCUGUUCAGCACGUCCCCACUGAUGCCGUGGGGACCGGAUGUGAACAACACGGUCAGCACCAACAGUGAAGGUUGGAUCACACUGAAGGGCUACCUGGCACAGUGGACGUUAACCACGCUUCUUGAUGUUCCACGAACAAUCGAAUAUCUCGCCUAUCUUGGAUAUCACUACUGUCAUAGCAGUCAAAUGUCUGCUAUACAGGUAACAAGAGAUAAAAAGAUAGAUUUAGAGAAGAGGCAGACCACACGAAAUGUCUUUCGCUGUCAUGUACUUGGUGCUAAACUUGUUGGAAAAACUUCUUUUCUACAAGGAUUACUAAAUCGAAACCUACGAUAUGUAGCCACACUCAACAAACACAUGCUGUCCAGUUUUACAAUAAACACUGUUCUGGUCUACGGACAGGAAAAAUAUCUAAUGCUUCAUGAAGUUGAUGUUGCAAUGUCACAGAUGUUGACGCCCACCGAACUGGACUGUGACGUAGCUUGCCUUAUGUACGACGUCACUAACCCGAGGUCUUUCGCAUUUUGUGCAAAUCUGUACCUGAAACACUUUAUUGAUAGUAAAAUCCCAACACUAAUUGUGGCGUGCAAGGCCGAACAUCCCGAGGUUCGACAGGAUUACGAGUUCACACCAGCUCAGUUUUGUAGCCGCUACAAACUGCCACCACCUCAGUAUUUCACUUGCAUUGACCGGGUCAACUGGGAUGUGUAUAUCAAACUAGCUACAAUGGCAGCCUAUCCUAACCUGAAACGACUGGUGCACAUGUUGUUGGUCCAUCAAAGAUCCUUGUGGGUCGAAGAGAAACUGAGACAUCUGAGGACUCUGUACACCAGUGGAAGCCAGAUAUACCUGAAGAUUGGUAUGGGACUGGCAGCUCUACUGGGAUUAAGUUUCAUUGUAUACAAAGCAGUUCGGUCCGUGUCGGCAUCCCAUUCUGCGAGAUAAAAGUCCUGAACAUUGGGGCGUAUAUAUUAUGAAGAAACCUAUAACCAAAAACUGAAGCUGUGAAUUACUAUACAGGUGUGAAUUACACUAGCAAAAAGGAUGGAUUUCAUAGUGGACACUGAAUAAGUGAAAUGUAGUUCUUAUGCUAAGAGUAUGAGUGAGAUUAGUUGCAAGUUUUAUCAUCAACCCCUCCAUAGACGAGUGGAUAUAGGCAGGGGUUCCAUGUGUUUACCCAUUCAUCUGUCCAUUCAUUCAUCCAAAACACACACUUUUUCUUGUUCAUGUGUUAAACAUUUUAUGUAUGUACAAAGCAGUAAAUUCAAACAAUUCCUUAGAGAAUCGAGCAGCAUCAAUGCAAAGUAGUUCUCUAUGGUUAGAAAAUGGUCUGAUAUUCAGCUCAGCAGAAAGUUUAAUGCUGUUUUGCAUUAACUUUUUGUCAUUAAGGACAAAAAUUUACAAUUAAAUCCACAUAGCUGCCAAACAAAGAGGUUUAUUCAAGCAGCAGUUGUACAUAAUUGUAUAUGUGUUUUAAAAUAAUUCAUGGAUUUAAAUGUUCUUUUUUUUUUUAGUAUUUAUUUCCCUGGUUCGUAAUAAAUUAAUACGCAAGUGACACCAGAAUUUCUUUUUCUGCUGUGUGUAUGUUUAAUGUCACAAAGAUUAAAUCUUGAGUACACUUUGUAAGAGUGGAAUUUUAUUACACCUGGACCACUGUUGUUAUGUUAUCUUCUGAGGAAAGACCUCAGUGAUACUCAGCUGACAGAACGUUUUGUUUAGGUUUGUUAGGUUUUUGUAUUUGCAUUUUCUUCUUCUCUUUCUCAGAAGCUACAAGUGCUAGUCUAACAAUAGAUGACGAAACAUAACUAGUUAUGUAUACAUAUGUAAGCUGUAGGGCAGAGAAGAAGUUGUGUAACAUAAUACAAAAGGCAAAACAGAUUGCAUUACAAGUUUAUUGAUGCUGUAAAAAAUAACUAAAUAUUCUAAGACUUGUAAUACAUUUUCAGGUGUUAAUUGUGGAUUAAGAAUGUUUUCUAUAGUGUGAACCUGCAUGAAUAUAAUUUACAUGCAUUUAAUAAGGAGAGAGAGUGAAACAACUAUUUUCUUGUUCAAUCUUACUAAAAGAAGAGAAAACACUUUCCAUUUCCACCGUCUUUUCUGCAUAAAGUUGUAAUGUGGUAUUUCGGAAUAUAAAAUGUACAUUACAGCAUUUAUGAGAAGAAAAGUAGAUCCCAUUUUUACAUUGUGGCAGUUCUUAAUUAUUAUUGUCAAGCAAUUUUAAACCAAAAUGAUAAUUACUGUUCGAAGACAUGAUUUAGGAACUGUAUUAAAAAUGGUAUUAAGAUUGUACAGAGUUAAAUUUUGUUGUUAUUUUUUCAUUUCUAGUAUUGCUUCUUUACCCUGUAUUGGCCAUAGUGUACAUGAAACAGCAUGUUGAGAUGUAAUUAUCCAUACAGUGACAAAACAUUGGAUGGAUGGAUAUUAUUUAUUUAAUAUGAUAAUAUCCAGUUAACAUCCAGGCAUGUCCACCAUGUGCAUAUGAUGGCUGAUGCAGCCAAACAUCUAAGAGCAAAUACAAUACACUACUGUGCAAUUGAUCUACAGCUCAUUUCAAUUUCAAUUUAAUAUUUUCAAAGUUGGAGAAAAAAAAGUAACACGUUGCUGCAUUUACAGUUUCAUUUACAUCUAAUAUAUUGGAUCAAACAUUGCUAAACAUUGUUGUGUUUACUUUUUGUGUGUAAAUUGAUGAAACAUGUUGAAAGGUAACACAUGAAAACGAUAGAAUAAAACAAAAAUUGGGCAUCUAACAUUUGAUGUCAACAUAACAACCACACUAAUCAUACAAAGAACAUUAGGUGCAAUCUCAGUUCAUUUGCAUGGUCAACUGUUUGUGUAUAUUGAUGUAGAAUUGCAGUUCCUGUUUUUUUAAAUGUUUUGUUAAUCUUGGGGUUUUUUAAUGUUCAGCCACAAAGGUUAAACAUCUAUCAGCAUUAAUAAUAAGGUUGUUUUCAGUGUGUACAUAUGUUUUGUGAAUUUACUCAAACUUAUCUAUGUUGUAUUUUCUUCUUUUAUGGAAAGAAAAUACAAAACAGUUAUUAUUUAUACCCCAUCACAGAAUCCAUAAGAAAAUGAAUUUUGAAAAAAGAAGUUUAAUUUUUAUUUUUCAGUUGACUAUUUUAAAAAUAAAAUUAUAUAGUGCUUUUCUUGGGUGGUCUUAAAUAAUUAUUUGGAGGCUAAUGUUCAUUUUAUUUACACUAUGUCUACUUAGUAUUUAUGUAUGUUGACUAUAGUUUACUUGGCAUUUAGAUUGCUUAAUAAUCACCAAAAAACUGGGGUUUUUUUACUUUUUCAUUUUUAAAGGAUAAUUGUAUGGUGAAAAAGUGGUGUCAUUUUAGUGUGAUAUGUAAUUAUAAUGGUUAAUGUGCUGAGAGAUACUUGGACAUAACCUGCCAUGGCCGUAACAUUUUCUGCCACCCUAAUUCAAUUAAAUUAAUAUUAAAUUAAUCAAUUACCUGGGAUUUUUUAUGUUUUAUUUAUAAAUAUUGAAUUGUAAAUUCUGCAAAAUCUUUUAAAAAUAAACUAUCAUAAUUAUAUCAGUUAUUAUCAAAUACACUUAAAUAUAAAGUUAGUAUAUUUAGAAAUAAAAAGGAGAUACAUGAGUGUUAUAUGCAUUUGUAUGUUGAAUUUAUAGUUUAAAAGGGCCAUUAUCAUAAUUGCAAGUGUCAUAUAAUGAUAUUUUUUUAAAAUAUUAUUUUAAUAAACCCCUACAACAAAUUAAUCAGCUCCAGACGUACUAUUUGUGUAAUUAACUUGAGAAUAUCAAAUUGUAAGGAAUACUUUGAUAAAAUUUAAAAAACAUAAACAUUGACACAUGUUUUAGCCUUCCUCUUUUAGUUUCUUGAGCCCUUUUUUUUUUCUUUUACAUUUGCAAAGUUAUAGAGUGAGGUUAUCUAUAGAUGUUUUUGAUCAAUUUAAAAAAACAAAGAAAAAAAAGUAAUAAAUGGAAUUAUGGUUGUAAUAUUUUAUAGGUAUAUACCGGGUAGUUGAGGGUAUUAUUCUUACAUUUGAAAUUUGUUUUAUAAAAAAUUAAUUACUACUAUCAUUCAACUUAAACUUUAUAAUGUAAUGGUUCCCAUGAAAUAACCAGUGUAUCAAUCUCUUGCAGCUUUCUAGUGAUUUAUACAAUUGUGACAUGCUUUCAGUUGGGGGCCUGUGAUUUUAUAAUAGGGAGGGGGCCUGUGAUUUUAUAAUAGGGAGGGGGCCUAUGAUUUUAUAAUAGGGAGGGGGCCUGUAACAUUGAUGAAUGUCCUUUAGUGGUGUCGAUAGCCAGACUCUUCACCGUAUACAAAGAAAAAUGUCAUUACUUAUUCAAAAAAAAGAGGAGGUUGUGAGACCAGGAUCACUGGGUCUUCUCCUAAAUUUGCCCCUACUUGUGAUCAUAUAAACCUUUGCCAUUUUAAAAUUAAAGUCAAGGAAUACUGAAGUGGGUAGUUUUGUUAAUUAAAACUGGAUACAUUAACCCCACCUCCAACAACACAACUGAGAAUAGCAGAAUUCUGAGCACAUACAAAGUGACAGAUUUGUUAAUUCCAGAAAACAUUUGUCAUUGUUAAAAGAGCAUAAUGCCAUAACUUGUUCUAGGAGAAACACAAUGGUAACUUAUGUUUUUAAGUGUGUUCAGUUGUUUGUCAAUUAAACUGAUCUAAGUUUUAUUUAAUAUGAGACUGUGCAUACUUUACAGAAUAGAAACCAAUAAUUGUUAAAACAUGGUGUAUUUAGAAUUAUACUGUCAGUUGAAAGAUGUGUGAAGUUAUUUAGUUUUUUUAAAAGUAAAUUCUGUCUUGUACAUUUUACUUAAUUCAGAUGUGUGACGUUCUUGGUAGUAAUGUAAGCAUGAAUGUGCAAUCAAGAUGUUCUAACAUUAAUUAAGUACAAUGUUGAACAGUAAUAAAAUGCUUUUUAAAAGAA